UUCGUACGUAGUGGGUGUAGGGCAUUCUGAAUUCUUGGGAACGAGUGAAGAGAUGAGUGCAGAGAGAGAGAGAGAGAAGAGUUAUGAAGAGAGAGAUAGAGAAUUAGAUGAGCAUAUGCAUAUAUGAUGGAGAGUGGCAAAAGCUUUGAUGAGCAUUUAGUGCAAAGCCAACUACCUCCAUGCCGGGCUAGAGCUCAUCAAUAUUAAUAAUAAUGGGGACUGUUUCUGUCAUCUCACUUUCCCUUUCCCUUUGCCAUAGUCUUCGUAGGCUGCUAACAAGCUAAGCUAGGGAAUUGAAUACUCACUCUAAACAAACAAAAACCUAGAACUUCGUGAUGGGGGGCAAGACUCAAACAAGCACUGUGUUCUCUGCAAAUUCUCCAGUGGCCGUGGGGAUGGAGAGUUCAGGGAGAGGAGUAGAUGGGGAAGAUGAGAGAGGAAGCACCGGCGGCGGCAUGCGCACGGCGGAGACGUUGCUCCGCCUCCUUCCGAUGGCUCUGUGUGUGGUGGCGCUUGUCAUCAUGCUCAAAAACUCCCAAACUAACGACUUUGGUUCCCUCUCCUACUCAGACCUUGGAGCCUUCAAAUAUUUGGUACAUGUAAAUGGAAUAUGUGCAGGCUAUUCACUCCUAUCAGCUGUGGCUGCAGCCAUACCUAGGCCAUCCAGCAUGCCUCGCGCCUGGACUUUCUUCCUACUCGAUCAGAUCCUCACAUAUGUGAUUCUGGGAGCUGGAGCUGUGGCAACAGAGGUGGUUUAUCUAGCCUACAAAGGGGACAGCGCGGCCAUGUGGAGUGAAAGUUGCGGCUCAUUUGGCGGGUUCUGCCACAAGGCCGCUGCAUCUGUUGCCAUCACUUUCACUGUAAGCCUAUGCUACAUCGGGAUUUCACUCAUUUCCUCCUACAGACUCUUCAGCAAGUAUGAUGCACCCGUUGGUUUCUACAAUAACAAGGGGAUAGAAAUCUCGGCUUUCUAAAGGGCAGUCUAGUCUGUGAACUACGUAGUUAUCAUAACUGUAAUAAGAUAUACUAAGACACUAUGUUCAGUAUGUUGCAUGUGUUAAACUAUGUUACCUUCAAAGUUGUAUAAUGAUUAUUGUUUUACUACA